AGGCAGUGCUGAGGACACCCUGAGCAGCUCGGGGUCCUAACCGAUGCGCUUCCUCCAGUGUUGCCGGUGUCCGCCACGGUGCCAACAUGGCGGUUGGGAAAGGAGCGGCAGAGCUGGGCCGCCAUUGGCUGUGGCUCAUGUCUGUCUUGCAGGCGAUAUCUGUCUAUGGGGCAGAAUUAUCGUCAGAGGCAUGCAGAGACCUGGGCUUCUCAAGUAACUUACUGUGCAGUUCUUGUGACCUUCUCAGCCAGUUUGGCUUGAAUCAGCUGGAUCCAUUGUGCAGGAAGUGCUGCCAAGAAGAAGCUCAAUCUGAAACUAGAAAGCUCUAUGCAGGGGCAAUUCUUGAAGUAUGUGGAUGAAAAUUGGGGAGGUUCCCUCAAGUUCAGGCUUUUGUCAAGAGUGACAAGCCCAAACUUUUCAGGGGACUGCAGAUCAAGUAUGUACGUGGCUCUGAUCCUGUACUGAAGCUGUUGGAUGACACUGGGAACAUUGCUGAAGAACUGAGCAUCCUCAAGUGGAAUACAGACAGUGUAGAAGAAUUCCUCGGUGAAAAGCUAGAACGCCUCUAAGAAAGAGCCUUUCUUUCUCUCUUUUGUAUUAAAUUCUUUAUUCCUCACAUCAUUUUUCAUCAUGGUAAUCUUCUCAGACAAAGUGUGAUAAACCCCGGAAAUCAUUCCAGCUUCUGCAUUAAUUUUAAAGCUAUCCACUAUUGUGUGGUACUCAACAUCUUUUAAUUAGAAGCAGAAGCUUCAUGUACACCACAUUUGACAAAUUGGCAAGCUGAACAAAUGGCCUGUCGUGGUACAUCUUGGCUCAUCGCAAUGGAUGGAGAUCAUUAAUGAAAUGCUGUGAGACAAAUGUAAUGCAAACACUGGAAUUUGUUAUAAUUUGGCCUCUCUCUUUUCUUAAACAGGCAGAUCUUUUUGUCAGUUCCCGGUAACUGAGAAGAUUACUAUGCUUUUUUAUAUAUGCUGUUGCUCUUUGUAUGGUGAUGUGAAGUUGGAACUAAAUAAGAUGUACUCUGCUUCCCAAAGAGAUGUCUGCUAGCAUUCUCUGCAUUUUGUAUUUUCCCUCAGCUGUCCUUUUUAUAGAACUGUUAUUUACAAGAUCCAUAACGAAUGCCUGCUCACAACAACAAAAAUCUUGUUCAUUUGCGGAACUCAUGAUCUGGAAUGACUGAAGGAUGCUACCAAAAUACACUUUAAUGAUGACUACAUAGAAAGCCUUUAACGAAAGGCAAGUGUAGGUUUGAUGUCAGGUGUACUUUCGUUCAAUCUUUUUACUUUCAUUCUGCAGACAUGAGUUCAAUGGAGGCAAAAAAGUAUCAAAGGCAACAAUAAACUACUUCACAGAA